UAACGAACAGAGGCACUGAUCUCCGGUGAACAGAGAAGAGGACCACGGAGGACUGUCAGGAAUUGUUGGCGAGACGCGGAAUAUUCACGGAGCGGGUAGCAGUAGCACGGCGCUCGCUCGUCGUGCGUGGUGAUGAUCCAAAACGAAUUGUUUUCGGCGCCCCGCGUGAAGACAAAUCCGUGACCCGCGCUGAGAGAUUGAAAAUCAUCUCGAAAAUACUCGGAAUCGCUCGCGAGGAGAGCCACGGAUGCAUAUGGAGGUGCCUCAGGGCUGGUGCUGCCUGAAACAGCUCAACAGCUGAUUGGAGUACCAGGCGGCGGUGACCGGAGCAUAAGUUGCACCACCACCCCGCACACGGAACCAAUAUUAUCUGGUAUCUGAGCUACCCCUCGAUAAGUCUGAUUCGUGGAAGAACGAGCCACAACGUUUUUGGGAAAACCGAAUACGGUGUAGAAUAGUGGCUCAAGUUUUUCAUCGGACACGUCAUCAUGGUGAAAACUUUUCAGGCAUACCUGCCUUCGUGUCAUCGCACUUACUCGUGCAUUCAUUGCCGCGCUCACUUAGCCAACCACGAUGAACUUAUAUCAAAGUCUUUUCAAGGUAGUCAAGGACGUGCCUAUCUUUUCAACUCUGUGGUAAACGUCGGUUGUGGUCCAGCAGAGGAGCGAGUACUAUUAACGGGACUACACGCGGUGGCUGACAUUUAUUGCGAGUGCUGCAAGACGACUCUUGGCUGGAAAUAUGAGCACGCUUUUGAAUCGAGUCAGAAAUACAAAGAAGGCAAAUUCAUAAUCGAGUUGGCGCACAUGAUCAAGGAGAAUGGGUGGGAGUGAACGAGAGUGUGGAAGGCGAUUGGAGUGAACCUCCAAUUGUCAAAUUGAGACUUAUCGCAAAUACUGACGACCAUGUUAGAAUUACAAUGUGCGGUAUACCUCUCUGUCGAACCACCAACGAAAGUCUGUGAUUUCAUUUGUGAUUUCUAAUAUUAGUAACAUUUAUGUUGUGGACAUUUCGAGAGGGUCUUAGGUUUCCAUUCGUUGGGUCAUCGUCACAUCACCGCGGGACACUCCAACGACCACUCAUGGUUUACCGAACGAGCAACAGUGCUAGUGUAACAGACUUUGUCAGACUGACUGCCCAUCGCUGCAUCUGUCGAUGGAAUUUCACUGCCGGUAUUCCUAAAAAAUUAUUUAGAGUACUGCAUCGCAUCUAGGAGUUGCAGCAUUAGAUAUAUACUAUAGUAUACAUAUACAUAUAUUGUAACAUAUACAUAAUAUUAAAAAUCUAUGAUAUAAUAUCACGGGGGUCACGAUGUGUAAAAUGAUAAGAGUAUACAUUGGUAAAACGGUACCAAGGUGCGAGAGACAACAAAAUACCGUGUGCGUGUAUUCGACUUCGCGACUUUUGCGGAACAACAAAGAACUGGGUAAGGCCAGGGGAAGAAAAACGGCACCCGAACAGACAAAACAUGAUCUAAAAGAAAAGUGAAAAAAUAUGACUAAACAUACAAAAUACAAUUUGGGCCUCGAGUUGCAAAUGUCUGCCCUGACGUAUCCGUUAACCCUUUGGUAACUGCACAUCUGAUACCGUUUGCAAAGGAUGGAAAGCUGAGCGACCAUGCUGAAACUAUUUUCCGUUCAAUGUAUUUAUGAUAGAGCCGACUUGAGUAGGUUGUUUUGGUUUUCGGGAAGUGUUGCAAUCAAUAAGGUACAUAUAUGGGAGGUCUACCAUACACAAACUUACAUCAAAUUGGUGAUAAUAUAUGAUUGCUCAUUACUUCAA